GUCAUGUCGUAAACGCGAAAAAAUACAAAAUACUCGAGUCGACUAGAGAGCAGAGACCAGGAGCACUCGAGCGCUGUUCAGAGUGUUCAGCUGCAGUACCGCUACGCGCAGCGUCAUCGUGGACUUGGGUACUCGUGUCUCGUCGCAUAACCCUCAAACUUGAAUCCUCCUCGUCCGCAACAUGCACCGUUUUUGACAGCCAGUCAGCCAGAUCGCAAAGUGCGUGACGAUUUAAUCGUGAGACCUGACGUCUCAACCACGUCGCACGCCUGACGCGCCCCGAGCCUCCGGAUUCGUCGAUGGACUGCGAGAAACAAAAGGACGAGGUCACCGCGUUGGAAAGCAUCUACACUGAAGAGGAAUUCUCGUAUCAUGAGGAGAACGGCCGGUUCGAAUGCACCUUCAAGAUAUUUGUGAGUCUACCGGCGAAAUGUCACUUGUCGUACAAGGAUCUGAGGCACGAGGAGGACCUGGCGCAGGACGUACAGAUAUCGUAUCUCCCACCCUUGACGCUGCACGUCACGCUGCCGGAGGAUUAUCCAUCCAAGUCGGCCCCUACGUUUAUGUUAUGCUCCUCUUGGUUAUACCCGGUUGUACUGUCUAAGUUAUGCAGAAAGCUCGACUCGUUGUGGGAGAGCAGCAAGCAGGAAAUCUUGUUCACGUGGGUGGAGUUCCUCCAGGAUAAAACGCUUAGCUUCUUAAAGAUAAAAGACCGUCUGGAUAUGGACUGCAUGUACACGUCUUACAAGAGAACGGUAGAGAAGCUGCAAGGCUCGCAGACGAACAAGGAAGCGAGCGAGCCUAACAGGCAGAGUAACAGCGAAGCCAACCGAGAGAGCAUGUCGAAGAAAACCAGUGUCAUUGACAAAAGGGCCAUUCUAGACUGUCCGAUCGGCAGUAACCCCAUCCAAGUGUUGAUCGACUACAAUGAGAAACGAAAGCAGAUUGAAUUCAAAAAAAAUUUUUACACCUGCAACAUCUGCUUCACCGACAAGUCAGGGGAGCAUUGCACGCAGUUCCUGCCUUGUGCUCACACCUUCUGUAAAGAUUGCGUCAGGGGUUAUUUUGAAGUCAAGAUCAAAGAGGGAAAUGUACAGAAUAUUUUUUGUCCCGAAGAAAAAUGCAAGUUUGAGGCUACGCCUGGUCAGGUAAAAGAUUUGGUAAGUUCGGAGUUGUUCUCAAAGUAUGAUUCCUUAUUGUUAAGUACUACGUUAGAUACUAUGAUGGAUAUAGUUUACUGUCCAAGAAGACAUUGUCAAUAUCCAGUCACUCGUGAUCCUGAUGAUAAUAUGGCAAGGUGUCCCGUUUGUCAGUACGCAUUCUGUAUUCGUUGCAAGAUGGUUUAUCAUGGGAUAGAAUCCUGUAAAAUUAGUUCAGCUGAGAAACAACGAUUAUUGAAAGAAUAUCAAUCAGCCAGCAACGAAAAGAAAGCCGAAAUGGAAAAGCACUACGGCAAGAAACAGCUUCAAACGUUGAUAGAGAAUGUAAUGUCUGAAAAUUGGAUUAAUGAUAACAGUCACAAUUGCCCGCACUGCAAAACUGCAAUCGAGAAAUCUGACGGUUGUAACAAGAUGACGUGUUCGCACUGCGGCACGUAUUUCUGUUGGCUGUGCGGCACACGGCUGAAUCCCGAGGCGCCUUACUUACACUUUCGAAAUCCAGAAUCCAAUUGUUUCAACAUGUUGUAUCGCGGUGCGAUACCUGACGAACUGGACGACGACGACGAUUUCGAUUUUCCUGCCGAAUACCUGGAUUAUUAUUCAGAGGAUGAAGAAUACGCCCAUGAUGAAGAUUUUGUCUUGGAAUACGAUGAUUGAAUCAAUGUUGCUAAAUUACGGAUCAUGAAUAGAUGAUUGAAUCAUUUUGGAAAAAUUACAGAUCAUAAAUAGAUGAUGAAAUCAUGUUGGAAAAAUUACAGAUCAUGAAUAGAUGAUGGAAUCAUGUUGGAAAAUUACAAUCAUGAAUAGAUGAUUGCAUCAAUGCUAAAAUUAUACAUUUGAUUUUUAAAUUUACAUAAUAUAUAUUAUUGGAUGAUUUUUUAUAAACAGUUGAUC